AUGGGGGCUAGGAAGACCUAGAGUGGUAAGCAAAUAUAUUCCCAAAAGUAUGGUCACAAAGAAAAGGAUUGAUGGUGGGGGCACCCUUAUGGGGGAGGGGGAGGGAAUAGGGGGUUUAUGGACAGGAAACUGGGAAAGGGAAUAACAUUUGAAAUGUAAAUACAGAAAUAUAUCCAAUAAAAAAAGCUAAAAAGAAAGAAAAAAGAAAAGGAUCGAUACAGGGUUGGGGAUUUAGCUCAGUGGUAGAGCGCUUGCCUAGCAAGCGCAAGGCCCUGGGUUCUGUCCCCAGCUCCGAAAAAAAGAAAAAAAAAAAAAGAAAAGAAAAGGAUCGAUACAUUUGAUUGCGAUAAAAUUUUAAACUCUGUGUUCCAAGUUUCACAAAGGAAAAGGAAAUCCUGAGUUAAAAGAUUUGAAACGCAUAUAACAGUUUAGCAUUUGGAAUGCUGAGAGGCUGAGGAGAUAGUUCAGUUGGCAAGGAACUUGCUGUGAAAGCAUAAGGACUUGGAUUUCGUCCCACGGGUAGAGGUGGGGAACAAUGAUACAUGCUUCCGAUCCCAGCGCAGCAAGGUGGAGACAGGUGGGUCCCUGAGGCUCACUGGCCACCCAGUCUGGCCUAAUCAGUGAGCUCCAGACCAGUGAGAGAUCCAGUCCCCAAAAAACACCCAAGAGUAACCUCUGGCCUCCACACAUACCUGUACACACAUGAACACACGAACAAAGUAACUGUUACCAAUCGUUAGGACACACACACACACACACACACACACACACACACACACACACACACCAAUCUAAAAGUGUGCCAAGAAAAAAAGGAGGGAAAGACACUUGAAGGUCUCCUCUGGCCUCAGCAUGUGCACUGGCAUGCACAAUUGCUCACUCACAUGCAUGUACUACCACCACAUACUUCCAACAUGUAUAUGCCCUCAAUACACAAAUAGCACUUCACUGUAAGCCAUAACUAUGUUAUUUACACAUAAGAUUCCUUAAGUAAAGAAAAAGUUAAGCAGUGAUUCAGGAUUCCUUUCCUUCUGUUUACGUAUUUAUUUCUUUUGACACAGGGUGUAAUGUAGCUUAGGAUGGCCUUAAAUUCCUGAGUAGAAGCCACCACGUCUGACUUAUGCAGUGAUGAAGAGUAAACCCAAGACUUUAUGCAUGCCACGCACAAACAUUCUGUCAACUAAGCUACAUUCCCAGCCAGGUGCAGGAUUUCACCUCAGGGAGGUCCACACUCCAAAGCCUACUCUCAACUGGAGAGGAGUAUGAUCACAACACAUACCAUACAUAUGCAUGUAUGGAUACAUGUAUACACACAUACAUAUAUAUGAACUUGUCAUUAAAUAAAGUAAAAAAAAUUUUAAAAAGAUCAAAGCUUGUCAUUGUACCGUAUGCUUGUAAUCCCAGUGCUUUGGAGGAAGUAGUCUGGGCUCUACAGUGAGUGUAUGUCUCAACAAAGCAAAAUUCAAAAUUAGCAAUGAGGAAAAUGAAUUAUAUUUAAAGAUAUAAGAAAGGCUAAAAUUAAUGAUAAUACUAAUGUUUUUAGAAGGUUUGGAGCAAUGGACAUCAAAUUUAGCUGGACAUAUUGGCAUAUUAGUACAUGCUAUUAUUCCAGCACUUGGGUGACUGAGACAGAAUGAUGACUUUGGGGUCAGCACAGAUUUCAGGACAGGUCACAAUAAGACCCUAUCUCACUAAAGGGAAAAAAAACAGAACAAAAAAUGUUACAAACUUUUUGGGGAACACUAGGCAAUAAAUAUAAAUCUCUGGGAAUUCAGCCUAAAGAGCUAAUUGGAUGCGCGCAAGGGGUUGGGCGGGGCUUUACAGAGUUGUUUAUAACAGCAAAAUGUUGAAAACAAAGGAAAUGUCUAACAAUUGUAGAAUGUCAGUGUAGUUAUGGUAAGUGCAACUUCAUAGGUUAUAGAUUCUUAUAUGUUAACACAGGCUAAAAAGAAAAUUAUAAACUAUGGUGUAACAUUUAAAUAAAAUGUAAGCAAAUGAAAGCUGAAAUGGGGUUCACAGUAAUAAGGUUAUAAUGCCUUCAUCUGCGAUGGCCUUGAACUCACAGAGAUCUGACUGCCUCUGCCUCCCACAAGAACAGCCCCUCCUGGAAUGCUAGGCUUCACACUACCACAGUGCUACCCCCGGGAGCCAGCCCUGCAGGACAGCUCUUUCCGUUUCUAUGAUGUUUCACUAUUUUGCUUUGUUUCAUCUGCUCUUGGCAGUCAGAAAAAGGCUAUUUCCUAUCAGAAGGAGGAGAUGAUGCUAAACUGCUGAGGUCAGGUCAGAGGUCAGAUAGGUUCUUUCUGCUGCCUGUGUUAGAUACAAACACCAAGGUACAGUUUAUCUGGGUGACAACCUCACCUCAAAGGCCAUCAGACCUUUCACUAUCCCUUAUCUGUUUCAUCUGUCCUGUCACCCUGCCUUCAUCUGACUAACACUUUUAGUGGCCGUGUGGUGAUUAUAGGGAUUAAACCUGUGGCUUUUGUAGUUGUUUUUUUUUUUUUUUUUUUUUUUUUUUUUUAAUUUUUGAAACAGGUCUCUCUAUGACGUUCUUACUGGCCUGGAAUUCCCUAUGUAGACCUGACUGGUCUCAAACUCACAGAAUCUCAUGCAUGCUAGGUAAGUGCCCUACCACUUAUCUUUCUUUGUAGUUUAUUUUGAGGGAAGAUCUCACUCCAUUUGCCCAGUCUACUCUUUUUUUAUUUUUUUAUUUUUUUUGGUUCUUUUUUUGGAGCUGGGGACCGAACCCAGGGCCUUGCGCUUCCUAGGCAAGCGCUCUACCACUGAGCUAAAUCCCCAACCCCCGCAGUCUACUCUUGAACUUGUUGGUGAGCCUCCUGCCUGAGCCCUCUUUGCCCAGGUAGCUGGGAUUACAGACCUGUAUUACCAGGCCUGGCAGGUUGCUUUUAUUUUUUUCUGAAAGUCAACAUCUACUCCAAAUCUGUCCAUUUUAUCUUAAUUAUUUUAAGUAUAUACAUACAAAUUUGAGUAUCAAAAAUAUAAUCAAAAAGGAAAUUCAAAGCUGUUACCACAGCAUCAUAUCCAGAGAUAAGCGCCAUGUGAUCUGCUGUGCUGCCUUCCAAAUUGUUUUGUUUCUACAACCGAUCACCAGGUUAUCUUAGGUACUUAUAGCUUUUUGCUUAUUUCUUUUCUGAAAUUAAACAUUUAAAAAUUGUGAACACCGUUUAUUUACAUGCAAUUUCAAAGAAUAACACCCAGAGAGGGCAAAUAGACAGUAGUGUGUGCAUACCAUAUUCUGUAUCUUUUGCCUCACUUGCCUUUACCACUCAGUGAAUAGACAAGGAUGCCUUUACAUUAAAACAUAGACCUGUGAUGGAGAAGGACACACGAGAAAAUAUGGUGAAAGUAGGAUGAUACAACUGGGAGGGGAUUUCAGAAAUAUGUAAGAUUAAAAUGAAUAAGAAAAAAACUCUAUUAAGGAGACAUAAAAAGUUCAAAGGAAAAGAAAAAAUGUAUCUAAUUUCUGAGUGAAGCUGUACUUUUGGAGAGAUAAGUUCUUACUAUAUAGUCUUCACUGUCCUGAAAGUCGCUAUGCAUGCUCGCCUGGCCUUGGCGCUUCCUGCCUCAGCUUCCUGGAUGCUGGGUGUAGAUGUUAGCCAUGAUGCCAAGCAAUAUUCGAUUUUUAAACAGUAAAGAUUUCCUUUCAUAGGUCAUUCUGGGUAUUUUUAGAAGUUCAGGGAUAAAGCCACUUAGAUUUUAGAAACAGAGUAUCUGUUACUUAUAAAUGAGUUGGCUAAUUUGUGCCCAUACUGAGAAGUUUCUCUGACGUUUGAAAUUGUCUACGUUGCUUAUCCAUGGUGCUGAACCUCAGAGAGGAAAGCUCUUUCAUUCCUCAGCAUCUAAAGGCUAUUUCUGGACUAGAAGUCACCAACUGGUUCUGAAUCUUUUUUCCAUUUGAACGCAAUUUUCAGUCCAGUUGGAUCACAGUGGGGUUAAGCCAUAGUGAGAAUUAAAAGGAAAAAAGCAUUCAGUGCAAUCUUGCACUAGAGUUCUGCUGCCAGAGUGCGUGCUGUCUCCUGCUGGUACUGCCAGUGCUUAUUAUUUCUUUGGAAUUUUUGUUAAAGAAAUGUUUAGGCAGUUUCUCUCUCUCUCUCUCUCUCUCUCUCUCUCUCUCCACCCACCUAUACACACACACACAGAAAAACAAACAAAUGAAGAAAAAAAUGCAAUGGGAUGACGUAUAUCAGAGCUUUUAAAAUGGAAGUCCGAGGGGCACUUAAGCUAUAGAAAAAAAAGGAAUAUUUGAUUUAUACAGGUCUUAAAAAAAUCAUUUAGUGAGUCAUUAACAUUUGAAUGUCAAGAAAUGUAUGUAAAACUAUUGAUUUUCUAUGUAUUGGUUCAUUCCAUAGGUAGCCUAAGCCUAAACUGAAACUAGUAGUCAAGCAGAACCACCAUAGCAAUAAUGGGGGAAACCCACAAAUUUUAUUGACAUUAUUUUAAUUUCAACACAUAUGUUUGUUUUGUGUAAUUCUGUAGAGUAUGAUUUUAUUUGUUCUUUAGACAAUAUAGUUAUUUUGAAUAGCAUUUGGGAAAAGAAUAAAAAAUAAGUCUUUGGAGAUUUGGGACCCAUGAAGUACUUAGUCUGAGCUCCAUUUCCAUUACUUUUAAUAACUGAAAGACCGCAGCUACAUUGAGCUGAACUUCCCUAUUGUCAGGACCCAACAAAGUGUUCACAGCUCCUGCUGCUUUCGGCUUUCCCAUGCUCCUCUGCUCUAAGGCCACUCACUCAUUCGCCUACUUUGCAUGCAUUGUAUUUCAGUUGAGCUUUACAAAAACCAGUAAGAAUUUCUACUUACUCUUUCGACCUUUUAGGUACUCAGGGUCAACAAGGAUUACUCCAUCUGCAGAGAGAGGAAGAGAUGGCACACUGCUCAGGAAAAUUUGAGUAUGAGUGAAACAAAAGUUGAUUCCCAAAUUGACUCUUUCCUUUCUACCUUUCAAAUGGUCUCAUUGCUCUGCAUGGUCAUGCCUGGACUUUCUUUAACUUCCUGGUUCCCACUCCCUUCUCAGGCUCUUUCCCGCUUUGGACUCACUAACCAAUGGGCUCCACUGUGUCCACAUCAUCCACGAAGUCUCGUUUCCCCAGGUAGAUGGAAAACUGUUGUGGAACAACUUGCUAGAUGGGCCAGGUUCUCUUACCUUCCCAUUGGAGCUAGUCUUUUUAAACACUCUAUGGUGCGAACAGUCAUAAAGAAGAAGGAUGGUCAGUCAACAGAACAGGAAAGAGGAGAGAAAAGAAGAAAAGAAAGGCACUCCCAGGUAGCUGGACAGCCCAGAUUCUACUGAGACUCUAAGGAGACAGAAACUACGCUUCAGCAUGUGGGGAGAAGAUGGAGACUUGCUAAGAUGGUGCUGGUAAGCCUCCACCCUCUUCAGCUAGCCAGGUUCUGCAGGACAGAGGAAGUUGCAGAACAUCAUUGACUGCCUACCUGAGCCCAAGCUCUGUCUGAUGCCAUCAGUCCCUGGGCUGGACUAAGGAAGCUAGGGGGCCAUGACCAGUGCAGAAUCCUUGCUAUUCACAUCACUAGGUCCCAGCCCAAGUUCUGGAGAUGGUGAUUGUAGGUUUAAUGAGGAGUUCAAGUUCAUCCUGUUGCCUAUGAGCUAUGCAGUUGUGUUUGUGCUGGGCCUGGCCCUCAAUGCUCCAACCCUCUGGCUGUUCCUCUUCCGCCUUCGACCCUGGGAUGCAACAGCCACCUACAUGUUCCACCUGGCAUUGUCAGACACCUUGUAUGUGCUGUCACUGCCCACCCUCGUCUACUACUAUGCUGCCAGAAACCACUGGCCCUUUGGCACUGGCCUUUGCAAGUUUGUCCGCUUUCUCUUCUAUUGGAACCUCUACUGUAGUGUCCUUUUCCUCACCUGCAUCAGUGUGCACCGAUACCUGGGUAUCUGCCACCCACUGCGGGCAAUCCGCUGGGGCCGCCCUCGAUUUGCAAGCCUUCUCUGCCUGGGUGUUUGGUUGGUAGUAGCUGGCUGCCUCGUGCCCAAUCUUUUCUUUGUGACAACCAAUGCCAAUGGAACUACCAUCCUGUGCCAUGACACUACUCUGCCAGAGGAGUUUGACCACUACGUCUACUUCAGUUCGGCAGUCAUGGUGCUGCUCUUUGGUUUGCCCUUCUUGAUCACCCUGGUCUGCUAUGGACUCAUGGCCCGGCGACUGUAUCGACCUUUGCCAGGAGCUGGACAGUCAUCUUCUCGGCUCCGUUCCCUCCGUACCAUUGCUGUGGUGCUGACUGUCUUUGCUGUCUGCUUCGUGCCUUUCCACAUCACCCGCACAAUUUAUUACCAGGCAAGACUGUUGCAAGCUGACUGUCAUGUGCUGAACAUUGUCAAUGUGGUUUACAAGGUGACUCGACCCCUGGCCAGUGCUAAUAGCUGUCUUGAUCCAGUGCUCUAUCUCUUCACGGGGGACAAGUAUCGAAACCAGCUCCAGCAGCUAUGCCGAGGCAGCAAACCCAAGCCCCGAACAGCUGCCUCCUCCCUGGCCUUGGUGACUCUACAUGAGGAAAGCAUCAGCAGGUGGGCGGACACCCACCAAGACAGCACCUUCUCUGCUUAUGAGGGAGAUCGAUUGUAACCCUGCUGCUGGAUAUGAAGGGAACUAACUGCAGGGCAGAGGGGAGGGAGCUUGUUAGUAUCACUUGACAGGGGCAUCAGCUGUCCUCUUUUAUAGCCGAAGUUUGAAGGAGCUACUCCUCUGCCUCUACUUUCUCUUCUUCUAUCCCUACCUGGGGCCACUGUUCCUGUUUCUAGAACCUCAGUAUCAUUUGCCCAGGUCCUUCCAUGGCAUGGAUUUCUCUGACCAGAGUAGAGAAUUCAACUGUAGGGGUGAAGAGCAGAGUAAUCUAAAGACUGAAUCAGGAAGCUGGGGUGAUAGCAUAGCACAGAUACCAUAUAAGCCACAUGUAAGCAUCCACACCCACUUCCUGGCUCCCUCACAAAGACAUUUGCCAAUGUGCUGAAAUAGGGUACAAGGCCUGUGAGUCUGCUUCGCAGAGCCCCACAUACCAGCUUGAGCAUCCAUGAAAAGAGAAUAAUGCUCUUGGGUGCUGACACUAAGGAGCCGCAGGAAGCAGGGUCCAGGUUUAUAGCAGCCUUGGAAACAGGAAUGAGAUUACACCUACCUCUAGGACUGCUGAGAACACGCUUGAUAGCUCCCAAAUGUUUAAUGAGAGGAGGAGCGGACAGCCCUGACCGAGAAGGAAGAAAACCUCUAUAGUAUACGGCUUCAAGUUCUAGUACUGGUGGGCAAAGCAGGUUUGUGCAGGCUAGGGUGGUGACAGGAGUAGACGCCUAGAACUGACUCUUCGCUGCUCUCUCUCUCUUUUCUAACUCUAGUUAGAUAAAGGAUAAACCUGUCACCAGCUCUUUUUAGUCAGGCUAUAGGAUUUCAAGACCAGGGUGGAGCACUCAGUUUCCCACCUGUCCAGUCCUCUUGCCACAGGUCUUAUGGAGCUGGAGGAUCUGGUGGGUGUAUAGAGCUGAGGAACCCUGAGCAUGAGAAGUAAGAGUUUCUGGGCGGGCAUUCACGAGAAGGGCAGUCUCUUUUCAGCCUCUUUUCCUGCGAAAUCACCUGACAGCCUAUUGGCCUUCUGAGUCAGACCCCAGCCUUCUCUGCCCUCUGUGAUCUCUUACUCAUCUACGCAUACCAAAUUCUUAUUGGCUUCAAGUGUUCUCUCUGCCUGGAGAGUAGGUGAGGGGGGGUACUAGCCUACAGAGUAAAACAACUUACUGUGAUACCUCUAUGCCCUCCUUUUUGCUCUUUAAAUGGAUCUCUCUCCCUUGAAGCCCAAGAGUUCUUCUAUUAGGAGUAAAUUAAGUGGCCUUUUUGAUUCUUACCAGGUUCCCACUCUUAGGAGCACAGUCUCCUUGCCUGUCACCUCUUGUACUCAUUGGCCCCACAUAGUAACAUUAUUCUCUUCAUUACAACUCAUUCAAGCUCCUCCAUCAUCGGGUCCUGUAACUCCAAGAUGCUUAGUCAAGACUAACUUCCAGGACUUCAUGGUCUACUAUUUUAUCCUCCUGUCUCUCCCCAAGAUCUCACUGUGCUGUGCACUGUUGUCUAGGCUAGAACUAGCCAUAGAGACCUGGAUGGCCUUGAACUCAUUGAGAUCCACCUGCUUUUUAUUUAUUUAUUUAAUUUUUUUGGCUUCCCUAUUGCUGGGAUUCAAGACAUACUGCACCAGACUGGGUAAAUACCUCAAUGCCUCUCUAGAUGCUUCGUUCAUAUCUGCAUAAUUGUUCUGCUUUGUCUUUAUCACUUUCUUCCCUGUGGCCCCUUAAUGAAGGGCCUUGGUCCUUUAUUCCUCUAUUUUCAUCUUUGUCAGUUACUUUUAGCACUGAUUUUAUACCAUCAUUAAAAAAAAAGAUAUAACCUGACUGUCUCAUCGUGCCACCAUUCACUUAGUGUUUCUGAGUUUCACUGCUAUAAACCCCACUUACAGGAUCCCUCUGAACUCACCCAAUCCGAGUUCCUCCCAUUCUCCUGCACUUAGAACAUAAAUUACAUCUUUGGCAAAAACGUUAAUAUUUUCUCUACUCUUAUCCCUCUUUGACCUCUCUACUUUACUUGACUCUACUGCAUGCCUUUUUAUAUGUAUUUUAAAUAUAAAAAUAACAUUUAAAAUAAUAUCACUAUGACAACACUGAAGGAAAUGUGGAGAGAAAAUAUCACCUAUUUCAACCCCAAAUUUCUGUUUUCCAUACUCUACAUUUUCUUGGUUUGAACUCAUGUAUUAUAGAAGUAUAACGACGGCAUAGACAUCUCUUAAAAACCUGCUUUUUAGUGCAGUUAAGGUGUGGGGAUGUGUGCUUAUAGUCUUAAGAGCUGACGGCAGACAUAAGAUGGAAGUCAGCCUAGGCUACAUAGUCAGCCUAGGCUACAUAGUCAGCCUAGGCUACAUAGCGAGACCUUGUGUCAAAACAAACAAAUACAUAUAAGCCUCUCUUAUUGUAAACUUUCUCCAGGUUGAUGCAAUCUUUCACAUUUAUUAUUUUAAUAGUUACAUAGAAUUACUCCCAUUGGUAGAUUAUAUCUUAGUAGGCUAUUCCCUUAUUACUGAACUUAGAAAGCUCAGUUUUUCUGUGAUUUGAAUAUCUUCCUGUUUGUGACUUUUAUCUUUUUGUAAUUCUAACUCUAGUUCAAGUUCUCAAGAGUGAAAUUACCAGACCAAAGAGCAUGAGCGUUUUUAUAGAUUGUGAUUUUUCACAAUGACUGCAUACAUUUUUACUGUCACAAUGAUAUAUGGCUAUCCUAGUUCCAUUGCUGUUCCAGGAUCAGACUUUAUAGGAAAUCUUUGGGGACGAUAAACAUUCAAUUUGUUAAUUUCACUUCUUCGCUUACUUAUGGCAUUGAACACUUUCUCCCAUGUUUACUAUUUGCACUACUCUCCAAUUACUAUCUUAGUGGUAUAUUUCUAUUGAAAUAUACUUAUUUAAUAUGUAUACUAUCAUUGGUCAUAUUUGACUUAUAUAACCCACUUAUUGUAAUACUUCAUUCCCUUGUUUCAUUCCCUAGAUUUAGAAUUGCUUUCCUUCUGCUUUUCGUUGAUUACUUCCUCUCUCUUCUUUGCUACCAUUUUUUUGUCCAAUUGUUGACAUGUGAGAUUAUUUAAUCCUCUAUUGAUCAUCAGAUUGUUUAUUUCCUCUUAGACAGAACAAAUAGCAGGUAAAUACAAGUCAAUUGGCUUCUAGUCCUUAAUGAUCUUGGAGAUCAUACAGAGCUUGGGUUCCCAUUCGUUUUCCAAUGAAGAAACAAUCCCAGUGAAAUGUCAUACAUGUGACUUUCUACAUAGUUGCAGGUAGAAACUGGGCCCUGGACUGCUUUCCCAUGACUCCGUUCAUUCUACCAUGCCAACUUGGCGCUAGGUCAGACCUUUGUCUCUCUAAACUCAACUGGCUGAUGGAUAGGUUCACCUAGAUCUUCCACUGUUGCUUCUAACCCAUAAUUUAAAAAAUGAAACUGCCUGAACCAGUUCUCCCACUCAUCUUGCUCAUUUCUAUUCAUGACACCUUUCUUUAAACCACCUAGGCUCAAACACUAUGGGGAAACUCCACUCUUUCCCUAUCUCCCCAAGUUCUGACAUUGCUCUCUUUGCCAGUUGUAAUUGGCCUCGUUCUCUAGUCCCUAUGCUACCAUUAUAAUGCUGCUUCUUUUUACCUUCUCCCUGACUCAACGUCAUAGGUUUCUGUCUCAUCCUUACCUCCAGCCACCUUCCACACAAAUGCAUAGUGUCAGAUCAAUCUGUCUAAUACUACUCUCAAAGUCUCACUCUCUUAGAAAUCUUUGAUGAUCUUUUUUUAAUUGUCAAAAUACUUUGUCAAAAUGACAGAAAUUCAAGAAUUGCUUCUAUUGUUCUUCAAAACAAAUUUCUCUUUUCCAGGUUUUUUGGUUUGUUUGUUUAUUUUGUGUGUGUAUGUGUGUGGGAGGGGGUAGGGCUCUUGGGACAGAGCCUAAGGUCUUGCCCUUGUACCAGUGAGCUACAUUUCUACACUUCUCUAGGUAAAUCAGUCUCUUUCUUCUUUCUCCAGACAAUACUUGCACUUUCUUACCUCUGUUCUCUCUUUCUGUCUGACCUCUAUACUCAAAUAUACUCACCCCCCACUGUCCUUGUCUUACCUAUUUUUCAGGCACCAGGCUUAGGUCUCACAUAUUUUCUGAGACUUUCUCUAUCAAUUCUUACCAACAGUGAUCUCUCCAUUUUUUUUUUCCUGAAAUUACUGUCCACAUCAGUCAGUUGGCACUUUUUUUAAACAUUUCUUGAAAUUAUGGACACUAAUUUAAGUUAUCAGUUAAUUAUUCAUGCAUGCUUGCCUUGUGUACCCCACCUGUAAACCUCUUGAGUUAAUGGAAUAUAGGUAAAAGAACACAGGAUCGAAGAUCAGAACACCCAAGUUUGGCCUUGAAUCUCAAAAGGGGGCUCAGGUGUGCCACCUUGGAUGAGUCACUCAAAUUCUUUGAGCCAGAAUUUCAUCAUCUAUGAAAUGAAGAUCAUAAUCUCAGCUUUAUGUAAUUCUUCAGGUUGCAGCGAGGCUGUGCAGUGCUAGAGUGCUAAACAAAUAUCAUUCUGUUUGUUUAAAUAAAUGGUGCUUAAUAAAUAUGUAAUAUAUGAUUACAUGUUAGC